UCCAUUAUCUUUUGGUUUUCAUGCUGUCAGAACAGAGCUGCUAUCCUUCUAUGCUACUCCUAAAAAAACUCCCUGCUAUGGGAAAUGAAUACUGAAUAAAUGAAGACUAACGCUAUCCUCUCAGGGACAUUAUGUAAUUCACAGUCAACAGAAUCAAGGACUCACAUCAUGGUGGUUAGCUAGCGUUAGCUACCAAGCUAGGUUACUUGGACAAUCCUUUCAACUUGCUCGCUGACAGGUUAGCUUACGACAGCUAACUUCGCUAUGUGAACUAACUAAGCCAGGAAAGUGGCAAUAAAGAAACUCCCUGCAACUCUCUGGUGUUGCAGGUCGCUCUCAUGUGCCCAUGGAGAAGGCUGCCUUCGAGGGGUGGCUGGAGUCUGUCUCUGUCACUUUCCUAACUCUAAACGACCAGCAGAGAAACCAGUCUCUGGACCACCUCAUCUCCCUAAGCGGUGCCGUCCAGCUCCGCCAUCUGUCUAAUGGACUGGAGACGCUGCUGAAGCGUGACUUCCUGCGCCUCCUUCCCCUGGAGCUGGCCUUCUACCUGCUCCACUGGCUGGAUCCUGAGACCCUGCUCACCUGCUGCCUGGUCUGCAAACAGUGGAAUAAGGUGAUCAACUCAUGCACAGAGGUGUGGCAGGGUGUGUGUCGGGAGCUGGGCUGGAGGAUCGAUGAGUCCAUUCAGGACGCGCCGCACUGGAAGGCGGUCUACCUGAAGGCCAAGCUGCGCAUGGUGCAGCUGCAGGAUCAGGAGGCCUUCGAGACGUCGUCCCUGAUUGGCCACAGUGCUCGAGUGUACGCCCUCUACUACAAGGACGGCCUCCUCUGCACAGGAUCCGACGACCUCUCCGCCAAGUUGUGGGACGUGCGCACUGGGCAGUGCAUUUAUGGAAUUCAGACGCACACCUGCGCCGCGGUGAAAUUUGAUGAGCAGAAGCUGGUUACCGGGUCCUUUGACAACACUAUUGCAUGCUGGGAGUGGAGCACAGGAGCUAAAAUCCAGCAGUUCCGUGGCCACACAGGAGCAGUCUUCAGUGUGGACUACAAUGAUGAGCUGGACUUGCUGGUAAGCGGCUCUGCAGACUUCACUGUGAAGGUCUGGGCUUUGUCCGCCGGCGCCUGUCUCAACACUAUGACCGGACACACGGAGUGGGUCACCAAGGUGCUACUCCAGAAAAGUGAGGUCGAGUCGGUGGUGCACAAUCCUGGUGAUCACAUCCUCCUGAGUGCUGAUAAGUAUGAAAUCAAGGUCUGGCCUCUGGGCAGAGAAAUCAACUGCAAGUGUUUGAAGACGCUGUCGGUGUCUGAGGACCGCAGCAUCGGCCUCCAGCCCCGCCUGCAGUUCGACGGGCGCCACAUCGUCUGCAGCUCCGACCUCGGGGUCUACCAGUGGGACUUUGCCAGUUUUGAGGUUCUCAGGGUGAUAAAGACACAGGACCCAGCCAACCUGUCACUGCUCAGCUUCGGCGAGGUGUUCGCCCUCCUCUUCGACAACCACUUCCUGUAUGUGAUGGACCUGAGGACGGAGGCCAUCUCGGGCCGCUGGCCUCUACCAGCCUACAGGAAAUCCAAACGGGGAUCCAGCUUCCUGGCCGGCGUGACGUCCUGGCUCAACGGCCUGGACGGGGACAAUGACUCUGGACUGGUGUUUGCCACCAGCAUGCCCGACCAUAGCAUUCACUUAGUACUGUGGAAGGAGAACGGAUAGACGCAGACUGCUAGGACGCGAGCCGCCAUCACGUGACUCUGGAAAUAUGAACCUUAACAGCCAACGCGGGUCGCGUAUGGACCGAAGCAUUUUAGUUUUUAUCCGUUUUUCUUCCUCAGCAUCCUCCUCUUUACACAUGGAAAUGGAAGGCAAACCCAAGACGGACGAUGAAGCCAUUACUGAUGCGCUUCACUCGACUUGAUCCUGAGAAACCUGCAAACCUCCUGUUGGUCUUCUGAUCUCACACAUAGAAAUUGUUUUAAUGAAAGCCAAGAAAUAUCAGCGACGACUACAAACAAAAUGGCAAAAAAAAUGUUCAAAAAUAAACACAAUAGAAAUAAGCUGUAAACUGAAGGUUGGGUACCACGUUUUCUGAGGGUUUAAGUGUCAGCUUGAGAAAUGUGAUGUGCCUUUUUUUUAGUUAAUUUGAUGUUGCAGACUAGAACUCCUCCAUAACUUUGGCACGACAGCAUUGUAAAUCUUACUUUUACCUUUAUUUUGUUUUAUAUUUACUGCGCUCUAACAGUCUCAGACGUUUGGCAUUUUAUAGUGAUCUACCUGCCACGACUUGGCUUUUACGCAUCAUUGACUGUGUAACACAUCAGGUUUAUUUUUCUAAUGCAUUGCACAGCAGAGGAAGUUGAACUUGGCACCCAGUUUGUUUCUGCGCAGUUCCAAUUUAAGACUUCGGACUAACAUCUGACGGGAUGUUUUUCUGACGCAACAAGAGAAACUGAGACCACGCCCACUCUGUCCAACAUCACUUCUCAACUUGGUUGUCUGCCUGUACAAAUUAAAAUUUAACCAUCAUAGUGAUUUUUUUUCCCCCAGGACUUUUCAUUGAUGUCUUCCUUUGCAGUAGGCAGACCACGGACUGAAAUGUAUUCAUGAGCACUAAACUUCAUUCAUGAACGAUUAGUUUUUCUUGUAUACGGACUGUAACGAUGUUUCUCACAUGGAUUAUUGUACACAGCAGAUGUACAGACUGUUUGUGGGUUUAGGUUUUUUCAAAUCUAAUUAAAACA